CCACAAAUAUUUUUUUAUUUUUAAUGUUUUGUUAAAAGUCAAAAGAUAUAUACUAUUAUGAGUAAAAAAAUAAUAAUAAAUAAUAAUUCGCCAAAAUAAAUAAUUUGCCAUCACUGAACAUUGAUUAUCGUUUCUUCUCGCUGUCUCGCUUUUCCCCCCACCCCUUUUCCAACAAAUCAGCCGCUCUUCUCUCGCUCUCCUUUCCUCUCCAAUUGUAAACAUUUGUUAUUGUUUACCUCGCUCUUGCAGAAAUAAUCCCGCAGCAUGGCAGCUAACAACAACAAUAGCAACAUACACAACCUGGUCGCUGGCACGGCGACGGGGGGCAUGCCCUCGUCCGUGAUUGCGUCGACGGGAACUCCGGGAAUGGGAUCCUCGCCGGCGCCCGUGGCCUCCAGUUCCUCAACCUCGUCAGCCUCCUCCGCCGCGCAGAGUGCUUGGGAUCAGCUGACGGCGAGUGCCUCCAACAAUAUGUCACCCUCACCCACGGCAGGUGCUCCCACGGUCACUGGGCCCAUAUUACCGGACAACCCGGGAAGCGGGGCAGGUAGUUCACCGGUGGCCAGUUGCUCCUCCCCAUCAACGCCCACGAAGUCACAUGGUCCCUCGCCGUUGGAGAGCAUGGCCCAUACGCCACAGGGUCCUCCAACUCUGGGACCUGGUGGUUAUGGCGAGGAACUCACUGCCGAGCUGGUUAACCAAGGAUGGCGCAAGUUCUGGUCGAAGCGGGAAAACCGCCCAUAUUACUGGAACAAGGUAACCGGCGAAUCGCUGUGGGAGAUGCCCGGCACGAGACCGUUCGAUCCGCUCACCGAUCCCUUGGGCAUCUGCCAUGCGGGCGGUCCCACGCCCAUGACCCCCAAUAUGCACCAGCAGCAACAGCAUCACCAUCAUCACCUGAAGCGUCGGCCGUCGGACGACAUGCACAUCCAUCCCAAUCAGCAGCAUCAUGUCGGCGGGGGGCCGCCGAUGAAGAAGUUCGUUCUUGCAGGACCCUGGGACCUGGAGGUGUGUACCAAUGCGGUGAUUGUGGAGCGACCGCCGACUCUCCUGCCACAACCACAUCCCGAAGUGGAGGCUGUACGGGCGGCCUUUAGCAUGAAGUUACUGAAAACCUACGAGGAUCUGUGCAUGCGCAGGGAGAAUAUUAAGGCACCCAGAGAUUCCUUUAUUCGCUGGCUAAUGGAACGCAAGGUCAUUGACACCGGCUGCGAUCCGUUGCUGCCCAGUAGCUGCCUGCCGGAGAUCUCUAGCUCCAUGUACCGCGAGAUCAUGUCGGAUAUACCCAUUAAGAUUGUUAAACCCAAGUUCACGGGAGAUGCCAGGAAGCAGCUUUCCCGCUAUGCAGAGGCAGCCAAACAGAUUAUAGAAUCCCGAUCGGCGCCGGCUGAAUCCAAGAAGGUGGUCAAGUGGAAUGUGGAGGACACGUUCCAGUGGCUAAGACGGACAGUGGGUGCCAGCUACGAGGAUUUCCAGGAUCGUCUAGCCCAUUUGAAGCGGCAGUGUGAACCCCACUUGGUGGAGACUGUCAAGAGUUCGGUGGAAACCCUGUGCGUUAAGAUCUAUCACUUGUCGGCGGAUCAUGCCCGCAAGAUCCGGGAGCGCCAUUUGCAGCUUCUGAAGGAGCACGGAAUCCCUGAACCAACACCUCCGCCGCCACCGCCGCAUCUGAAGAAAGUGUGGUGCUAUCCCAUACAGUUUGCCGUCCCAUCGCCACGGAUGCCAACGAUCGAGUAUUUGCAGGAUCGCGACCACAUGAUCAUUAAGUACACGCCCGCCACGAUCAAUCAGCCGGAUGCGCAGUACAUCAACCUCACCUAUCUGCAAAAGCUGGAGCAGCUGUAUCGGCACAACUGUUUCGAUGACAAGAAGUUCGAUCUGUUCAUCGGCCGGGUGUGGUGUCUGCUCAAGCGGUACCAGACCUUCUUGGGCAAUGCCCUGAAUUCCUCCCAGGAGGCGGAGCUCACCCAGGCGGCGUUGCCGGUGCCCGUGUUCGAGUGUCUACAUCGACACUUUGGCGUCAGCUUCGAGUGCUUUGCCUCGCCAUUCAACUCCUAUUUCCGGCAGUACUGUUCGGCGUUCGCCGACACGGAUGCCUAUUUCGGCUCCAGGGGCCCAUUUCUGGACUUUAAGCCCGUUUCCGGGUCCUUCCAAGUGAAUCCUCCUCAUUGCGAGGAACUGAUCGAGGCCUCUUUGCUGCACAUCGACAAACUGCUCACCGACACCAUGGAACCACUGAGCUUCAUUGUGUUUCUGCCGGAGUGGAAGAGCAUAUCCAAACUGGACGAGAGUAUGUACAAACGGCGCUCCAUGGUGGUUUUGGGCAUGGCCCACGAGUACAGGCACGGCUACCAGCACAUGUUGCAAAAAUCCGAUGUGCUUAUCAAGUGCAUGCAGGGCACCCAGGUGGUGUGGCUCCAAAACAGCGCCGGCUAUGCGCGCUGGGGACCCAACGAGAUUCGCGUUGAGGCGCUUCGUGAGGCCUUUCGGCCGCAACGCGAUCGGGAGCGUGAACGAGCAGCAGCAGCGGCGGCAGCUGCUGGCGUAAACUCCAGCCAACAGUCGCCAGCGACACCUCCAUCGGCCGCAUCCACCGCUCCAACAACAAUCUCCAGUACGAACAGUGGAGUCAACAGCAACAGCUCCUCCGUAGCCAUUACAACGAGCGCCAGCAGCAGUCCAUCGCCGGCUGCCACUUCGUCCUCGAUGUCGCCAUUGUCACCGCACACGCCCACCGGUAAUCCGCCGCCCCAGUUUCCGCUGACCAUCAGCAACACGAGCAGCAGCAGCAAUCUAGUGGCUGCCUCGCCCACGAUGAGUGUGCAAAGCGAUUGCUCCUCGCCAUCGUCAUCGACUAUGUCCCUCUCGCCGGCUCCGGCCUCGGGAGGUUAUCCGGAUGGCGGGACAUCCGCCACAGCGGCAGCGGUGAGCAUUACGGCCACGGCGAGCACAUCGACGGCUGGUGCCGGAUCUGCCUUUGGCCAGGCCAACAGCAUCAGUAGUUCCGCCUCCACACAGGCGGUCAUCAAUUCAGCCGUCUAGAGGGGAUUCUUUUUAGGAUCCUUCAAUCCAUACAUGGGUCUAUUUUGUCCACACUAUCUGUGCACUUUCUGUUAGCAUAAAUUAGGGAUACAUAUGAGAAGGAAACAAAAACCAAUUGGGGUAAAUGUCACACGACCAGCCAUGUUACCAAUUUUAUGUCGAUUUUUGGUUUAAAUUUGCGGAAUCGGAAACGAUAUUGUGGUUUAAAAUCUAUGCCAGAAAACACUGUUUUCGAUUUUUUUUUGGUAAAGUACAAACUUAUCAAUUCCGUUUUCACACUUAUUGGAAUUACGAAACGCAAAAACACGCAACAUUUUGUUUUACAUUUGUUUGCCAUUUAAAAAAGUGUUUUCAAAUUUACACACUGCUCAGGCAAUCCGAUAAAAUUUUGCUCACUCGGAAUCGAACAAAUUAUGCUCAUCCGUAUUGCAAUUUUUUAAAUUCCGUUUGCAGCAAACAUAAUGCUUUAAAAUGCUUAAAAUGCAAUGUUUUGUUAUACAUACUUUCUAUUUUUUUUUUUAUCAAAGUUUGUUUUUUCAAAUUUAUACAUUGCUCGGCCCUUGGCAGCUGGUAUUACCCCAAUCGCAAGAUAUAAUUAAUUGUAAAUAUGUUAUAUUUAAUUUGAAAUAGCUGAUAAAUCCCGGCCUGGCCGCUGUUUAUCUUAUGUAUACCCAAAAAACAAGGGCCAAGAUACCCCACAAAAGACUCUAAUUAUGCAUACUUAGUAUGGAUAGGGUAUGGUUCUCUAUCCUUGUUUCAGGGUAUUCCGCAAUGGUUUUCCAUUCACAAAACGAAACAUCAAAUAAAACACACAUUAAAACGAACUAUGAAGCCCUUAACAAUCUUUUGUGAGACUAUUAACUUACUAGGAUAUAUAUAUAUACUUUAAAUAACGGCAGAAAAUUAUUUAAUUACUAAAUUAUCGUAUGUACAAAUCGAUAAAAAUUAACGUAAGUAGCGAAGAAAGUUAAUUGAAGACGAAGCGAAAUACGGAAAGCGCAGAGAACCAAAUUUGUAAUAACAACAAAAUGAUAACUACGCACCGCACAAUAAAUAAAUUAAUUAAAAA